ACCCAUCCCAACUUGUAAGUCUCUUUCUCUCUCUCUCUCUCUCUUCUCUCUCACUCCCUCUCUCGUAUCUUUUCUCUCAUUCUCUCUACAUAAAUUUUUAUUAUUUUAUAUAUGUAUGUAUAAUUAUCCUAAUUCUAUCCUAAAAAUAAAGGAGGGUUCUAGGGUUUCAAAACGCCACCCCGCCCAAUCUCCAACGGGUCGGCUAAAGAUCCAGGUCUUCAAUUUGGAAAUCUUUCUAGGGUUUUGCAAUUCGUCGACUACUUUUUUAGAUUAGAUAUACUUUCUCUGUCUAUACUCUUUUUGUUUUCGAUCUGGUUCCCCAAUUUCAUUAUUCUUUGAAUCUUUGCGAUUUGUUUGAUUCCAAUUAAAUAAUUUCGAAGGUUUGUGAUAUUGAAUUGGUGGACAAUUGUUGAUUUUGAGUGGAAAUAUAAACGCAAGAUUGGAUUUUAAACAGUUUUGGAUGUGUUAGUAGCCGUAUGGAUUUCAUUUGAUUGGUUCAUUUGGUUUAUAUAUGUGAAUCUUGGAAUUUGAGGAUUAGAUAAAAGAGGGUAAUUUGUGAAGGCGAGAUUUUGAUAUGUGCACUUAUUGGGGUAUAAUCUUAUGGCACCUAGUUUUCCCAUAGAAUUUACAGGACGGAAGGAAUCGGAGAAUUUGUAUCAUAGUCAUCAUACCCAAUUGAUGGGAAAAUCACGCAAGGUUUCCAAGGGGUAUUCAUCGGGUUUUAUUCCUGAUUAUCGUCAUGCUGUGGAGACCAUGGCUGAAUCGGAAGGUUUUGGGAGCUCUGGUCGUGUUGAUGCUGAAUUUACUGGUUCGGAUGAUUCGUGUGCGCCUAAAAGGAAGUGUAUUAGUUUAAAUGUGGAGAGCUAUGACCAAUUGGGGGUGCCAGUGACAAUUUUGCCCUUGUCGACGAUGUCACAGUCGGAAAGGAAAGAUCUAGAGGUUAGGUUGCAACAUGAGCUUGAACAAGUGAGGAUACUUCAGAAGAAAAUUGCUUUUAUGAGCUCAAGUGUUGUGGCUCUAUCGCCCACUAGCGAUAUUCAUAGUUGCAGUGAUGGCCAGAGGAAGUUAUUGCCUGAUGCUUUUCAAAGGUCUGUAGGAGUAUCUGCUUCAAAGGGGAAAAAACGGGUUCCAACUGGUAGAAAUGGUUCUCGUACUAAAUACCCAACAGCAUUUGGAAGGGUUGAACCAGCAAAGCAAGGAAUGCUGCCCAGUGCGUCUCAUGCAAUGUUGAUGAACAAGUGUGAAACACUACUACAGAGUGUGAUGAAGCAUCAGCAUGGUUGGGUCUUCAAUGCUCCUGUUGACGUUGUUAAGUUGAACAUACCAGAUUAUUAUACGGUUAUCAAGCAUCCAAUGGAUCUAGGGACAGUAAAAUCCAAGUUAGUUUCAGGCCAAUAUUCAAGCCCUCUGGAAUUUGCUGCAGAUGUUAGGUUAACAUUCUCCAAUGCAAAAACUUAUAAUCCACCGGGAAAUGAUGUUCAUGUGAUGGCAGAUGUGGUUAGUAAGUACUUCGAAGUUAGAUGGAAGCCAAUAGAGAAAAAAAUUCCUGUAAUUGUGGAUGUAUCUGCAGCGCCUUCCAGAUCAAAUGUUCGUGUUGAAGCUGAAAUUACAAAUGUGUUGCCUCCAACCAAAAAGAAGAAGAUCACAUCAUUUGAAAACAUUGUCAGGCAAGAACCUGUCAAACGUAUUAUGACUGGUGUUGAAAAGCAAAAACUAAGCAUGGAGUUGGAAGCUUUAUUGAAUGAAUUACCUGAAAGCAUAAUUGAUUUUCUUAAAGAAAAAAGUUCAAAUGGAGAACAGACGAAUGAAGAUGAGAUUGAGAUUGAUAUCGACACCCUUGGUGAUGAUAACUUGUUUACGCUGAGGGACUUGUUAAAUGAUUACAUGGCCGAGAAGAGGAAACAUGGGACGAAAGUUGAAGCUUGUGAAAUUGAGCUACACAAUGAGUCAGGAUUCAGCAAUUCAUCCGUUCAACCUUGCAAAGGAAAUGACCUGAUUGAGGAGGACAUUGAUAUCGGAGGAAAUGAUCUGCCAAUUACGAGUUUCCCUCCGGUAGAAAUAGAAAAAGACACUGCCCUCAGAAAUAGUAAAUGCAGCAGCUCAAGUAGUUCCAGUAGUGAUUCAGGCUCCUCGUCUAGUGAUUCAGACUCUGGCAGCUCUUCAGGUAGUGAAUUGGGUGGUGCUAAAGCUUCUGCACCAGCUGAUACCACCAAGGAUACAUUAGCUACUGGAGCUACUAUAGAGGUUAGGAAAAGUGACACCUGCGACCCAAGCAUUGAAAAGGAUUCGUUAAAUAAUUUGAACCAAGUGGUACCGAGUUCUCAAUCAAAGCCAGUGUCGGUUGAAAGUGAUGACCGUCAAGAGGGGGAGAGUGCUCCACCUGAGAGGCAAGUCUCUCCCGAAAAGCUUUACCGAGCUGCUCUUCUGAGAAAUCGUUUCGCAGACACCAUAUUAAAAGCUCAAGAAAGGACCCUUGGAAAGGUUGAGAUUCAGGAUCCUGAAAGAUUAAGGCUGGAGAAAGAAGAGCUUGAAAAGCGGAUGAGAGAAGAAAAAGCUCGGUUACAAGCAGAAGCUAAAGCUGCCGAAGAGGCUAGGAAAAAAGCUGAAGCAGAAGCCGCAGCUGAAGGCAGGAGGAAGAGAGAGCUUGAGCGUGAAGCAGCAAGACAGGCUCUGCAGAAGAUGGAGAAGACAGUUGAGAUUAAUGAGAAUUGUCAGUUUCUGGAGGACUUAGAAAUGCUAAGAGUUGACCCUGCUGAACAAAUACAAGGCUUUGUAGACGAGACUAGCCCUGAUCGUUCAUUAGCGGCACUGGGUAGUUUCAAGUUUCAAGGGAAUACCAAUCCAUUGGAGCAACUUGGACUCUACAUGAAGGCUGAUGAUGAAGAAGAUGAAGAGGGUGAUCCUUCAAAUGUUCCACCUGCAGUAGAUGAUCCAGAGGAAGGAGAAAUCGAUUGAGUCUGCUGUGAAUGCCUUGCUCUAAGAGCUUAAAAUCGGUUACAUGAAGUGGUUAUAGUCAGUACAAGCUAUAUGGUUUAUGAUCAGGUCUGUAGUGUUUGUAUUGGCAGUUAUUUAGGUUUGGACAUAUUUUGUUCCUUUUUUUUUUUUUUUUUGACCUUUUCGUUGAUGUAAUUGGAAAUUUUGAGAAGAGAAGUUAUAUUUUUUUUCCAACAGAAAAGUAUUGUCAUUGUGCCUAA